GGUGGGGGAGGGUGGGUUGGACACACUUAGAGGAGGGGAGAGAGCUUAGCGGAUCUGUGGCGCUCUGUACUGACUCAGUCUGUGGCGGCAACAUCUCUGUUUAGCAUCACUCUCCCACCGCAGCCGAUUCCACCUGCCUGCUCCGGCCGCUACUGCAGGCAGGGGUGGAAACAUGCGGGACCUCAGCAUCCUCUGACUUCACCGACUUGCAGAUAUGGCCAGCCAGCAGGACUCGGGUUUCUUUGAGAUCAGCAUCAAGUCCCUGCUGAAGUCCUGGAGCAGCACUUCACCAGGGUACAGCAAGCCUCCUGUCCCACCAGUUUGCUGCUCGCAGGGUGAGAAGGGGCCACCGGCCAUGAUGCCCAUCAGCGUGGACCCAGAGAGCCGUCCGGGCGAAUACGUGCUCAAGAGCCUCUUCGCCAACUUCACCACCAUCUCAGAGCGCAAAAUACGUAUCGUCAUGGCCGAACCUUUGGAAAAACCUUUGGUAAAGUCUCUUCAGAGGGGUGAAGAUCCGCAGUUUGACCAAUUGAUCAGCACAAUGAGUUCUCUGGCCGAGUAUUGCCUACCAUCUAUCCUGCGAACCCUGUUUGACUGGUACAAAAGACAGAAUGGAGUUGACGAUGAAUCCUAUGAGUACCGACCACGUUCAAAUACAAAGUCCAAAAAUGAUGAGCAGCAGAAAGAUUAUCUGCUGGAGAGGAGAGACCUAGCCAUCGACUUCAUCUUCUCUCUUGUGCUCAUAGAGGUUCUCAAACAGAUGCCCCUCCACCCAGUUGUGGAUGGUUUGGUCCAUGAAGUCAUUAAUUUGGCUUUUAAGCACUUUAGAUAUAAAGAGGGGUAUCAUGGACCCAACACUGCCAACAUGCACAUUGUAGCUGAUCUCUAUGCAGAAGUUAUCGGAGUCUUAGCUCAAGCAAAAUUUCCUGCUGUUAAAAAGAGGUUCAUGAGUGAGCUGAAGGAGCUCCGUCAGAAGGAGCAGAGCCCAUACAUGGUCCAAAGCACCAUCAGCCUCAUCAUGGGCGUGAAGUUCUUCAGAGUGAAAAUGUAUCCUGUAGAGGAGUUUGAAGCCUCUUUUCAGUUCAUACAGGAGUGUGCGCAGUAUUUCCUGGAAGUGAAGGACAAAGACAUCAAACAUGCUUUGGCUGGACUCUUUGUGGAAAUUCUAGUUCCUGUAGCAGCGGCUGUCAAGAAUGAGGUGAAUGUUCCCUGUUUAAGGAACUUUGUGGAGAGCUUGUAUGAUACCACCUUGGACCUUUCAACAAGAAAGAAGCAUUCACUGGCUCUGUACCCACUAGUGACAUGUCUGCUGUGUGUCAGCCAAAAACAGUUCUUCCUCAACAGAUGGCAUGUCUUCCUCAACAACUGCCUCUCCAAUCUGAAGAGCAAGGACCCUAAAAUGGCACGGGUAGCACUAGAGUCCCUCUACCGACUUCUGUGGGUCUACAUGAUUCGCAUCAAAUGCGAGAGCAACACUGCGACGCAGGGCCGCCUCAACUCUAUCGUGAUGACCCUGUUCCCUAAAGGAUCCCGCAGCGUAGUUCCUAAAGACAUGCCUCUCAAUAUAUUUGUUAAGAUUAUCCAGUUUAUUGCACAGGAAAGACUUGACUUUGCAAUGAAAGAAGUAAUUUUUGACCUACUGUGUGUUGGGAAACCUGCAAAAGCCUUUAGUCUUAAUCCGGAGAGAAUGAAUAUAGGUCUCAGAGCAUUCCUGGUUAUUGCUGACAAGCUGCAGCAGAAAGAUGGUGAUCCCCCAAUGCCGAACACAGGGGCAACGCUCCCUUCUGGAAACACACUACGAGUCAAAAAGACAUUCCUGAGCAAGCCUCUGACUGAAGAUGAGGCCAAAGUCAUAGGAAUGUCCUUCUAUUACCCCCAAGUGAGGAAAGCUUUAGACAACAUCCUCAGACAUUUGGAUAAGGAGGUUGGCCGCUGUAUGAUGCUGAGUAAUGCACAGAUGCUGAAUAAGGAACCCGAGGAUAUGAUUACGGGCGAGAGGAAACCCAAGAUUGACCUCUUUAGGACAUGCAUGGCCGCCAUUCCACGCAUCCUUCCUGAUGGCAUGUCCAAGUCUGAGCUCAUAGACCUUUUGGCACGGAUAGUUGCAAAGAUUGGUAAAAAUGUCAAAUUACAGUUAAUUCAUUUUUUUGGGGGGGCUGCACUGUGUCUUUUAAUAUCAUCUAAUGAACGGACGUCUCACUCCACAGUCCUGCAUGCUGUUGAGGGUCUCGCUUUAGUGCUGCUGUGCUCCUGCCAGACAGGCACGCGCAAAGUAGCUGUGUCCAUCCUUCGAGAGGUCCGCCAAAUCUUCCUCACCAUCGGGCAGAAUGAGGAAGAUGAAAGGCCCAUGAUAGAUGUACUGGACCAGCUGAGCCCAGUGGUGCUCGAGAGCUUUGCCCACGUGGCGGUGGCUGACUCGGUGUCCCUCCCCGCUGGGCAGCACGCAGACCUGCAGUGGCUAGUGGAGUGGAACGGAUCUCUGGUCGGCAGCCACUAUGACGUGCGGAGCCCGUCUCGUGUGUGGAUCUUAGCACAGUCUCUGAAGGAACCCUGGGCUCUGUGCCUCUUCAGCCUUCUGAGACAGGAGUACCUGCCUAAGCACUGUCCCACAGCGCUCAGCUACGCUUGGCCCUACGCCUUCACCCGCUUGCAGCUCCUCAUGCCUUUACUUGAGCCCAGCAACCCAGUUAACGCCAAGAAGACAAGCUCGGCUGGUUCAGCAGACACCUAUGUUUCUCUCUGGAGAAACUAUCUGAUUCUGUGUUUUGGUGUGGCCAAACCCAGCAUCAUGAGCCCGGGUCAUCUUCGAGCUUCCACCCCUGAGAUCAUCACUCCCAGUACAGACAGCAACAGCAGCUAUGACAACAAGAUCCUCGGCACCCCGUCUGUGGCCUGGCUUCUGAAGCAGUUGAUUCCUCUGAUGCGUUCAGAAAGCAUUGAGAUCACAGAGUCUUUGGUGCUCGGAUUUGGCCGCACAAACUCAUUCAUUUUCAGAGAGCUUGUUGAGGAACUGCAUCCUUUGAUGAAGGAAGCUUUGGAAAGAAGACCUGAGAAUAAAAAACGGCGAGAGAGAAGAGAUCUGCUAAGACUCCAGCUCCUCAGGAUCUUUGAGCUGCUGGCGGAUGCCGGUGUCAUCAGUGACAGCACUAAUGGAGCUCUGGAACGUGAUACGCUGGCCCUGGGCGCUCUCUUUCUUGAGUAUGUGGACCUGACCCGGAUGCUUCUGGAAGCUGAGAAUGACAAAGACAUGGAGAUUCUCAAGGACAUCCGAGCUCACUUCAGCGCCAUGGUGGCCAACCUCAUACAGUGUGUCCCAGUGCAUCAUCGACGUUUCCUCUUCCCUCAACAAAGCCUUCGGCACCAUCUCUUCAUCCUUUUCAGCCAAUGGGCUGGACCCUUCAGUAUCAUGUUCACGCCCCUGGAUCGCUAUAGUGACCGGAACCAUCAGAUUACUAGAUACCAGUAUUGUGCUCUUAAGGCCAUGUCGACUGUGCUUUGUUGUGGCCCCGUGUUCGACAACGUAGGGCUCUCUCCUGAUGGCUACCUCUAUAAAUGGCUGGAUAACAUCCUUGGCUGUCAGGAUCUGUGGGUGCAUCAGCUGGGCUGUGAGGUGGUGGUUCUUCUGCUGGAACUUAACCCAGAUCAGGUGAAUCUGUUUAACUGGGCUGUGGACCGAUGUUACACCGGCUCCUGCCAGCUGGCCUCUGGUUGCUUCAAAGCCAUCGCCACUGUCUGUGGUAGCAGAAACUACUCCAGUGAUAUUGUGACUCUGCUGAACCUUGUUCUCUUCAAAGCGUCCGACACAAACAGGGAGAUCUACGAGAUCGCUAUGCAAUUAAUGCAGAUUCUGGAGGCCAAGCUGUCUGUGUAUUCUAAGAGGAUUGUGGAACAGAAAAGUGGUGCUAUACUGUAUGGAACACAUGGGCCUCUUCCGCCCCUCUACAGUCUCUCUGUAACCCAGCUUUCAAAGCAACUUGCCAGAAUGUACCCUGAACUCACCCUGCCCCUUUUCUCAGAGGUGAGUCAGAGGUUUCCCACCACGCAUCCAAACGGGCGUCAGGUCAUGCUGACCUACCUGCUCCCUUGGCUCAGUAACAUCGAGCUGGUUGAUGGAGGCCUGCUGCCCACUGUCUCGAGUCCGAGCAGCUCUGGAGACAACAGGAAGGGAUACACUCACAACACCUCAGCACCUCACCUGCUCCGAGGCACAGGCUGGGGGUCACUGCAGGCCUCCUCUCUGGUCCUAAACAACCUCAUGUUCAUGACUGCUAAGUACGGGGACGAUGUCCCAGGUGCAGAAAUGGAAAACGCUUGGAAUGCUCUGGUCAGUAAUGAACGGUGGACUAAUAACCUGCGGACCACCAUGCAGUUUCUCAUCAGCUUAUGUGGAGUCAGCAGCGACACCUCUCUUCUGCCUCAUAUUAAGAAGGUGGUGAUCUACCUGUGUCGCAACAACACCAUUCAAACCAUGGAGGAGCUGCUUUAUGAACUUCAACAGACAGAUCCUGUGAACCCCGUAGUGGUGCACUGUGACAAUCCUCCGUUCUACCGCUUUUCAGCCACAAGCAAAAUUACCACCACCACCACUUCAGGUACAACUUCCAGCAGCAAAACCAUGGUGUGUGGCCAGGGAAACAUCCCUGACACAGAUGACUCGCCAAUCACAAAGGAGUGUGAUGACAGGCUAAGCAACAUCUUACGAGCACACAACCGCCUGGAGUCUCGGUACAGCAGCAGUUCUGGAGGUUCCUAUGAUGAGGAAAAGAGUGAGCCGCUCCCACCGUAUGCCAUGUGGCUUAUGAGUGUGCUAGAAACCAAUCAGCCGCUUCCUCUUCCCAUGCCAGUUAACGGAGGCUGCUGGGCACCGCUGGUCGAUUAUCUACCUGAAACAGUCACCCCACGAGGACCCCUCCACAGGUGUAACAUAGCAGUGAUCUUCAUGACGGAGCUGGUGGUGGAUCACAGUGUGAAGGAGGACUGGGCCCUACACCUCCCUCUACUGCUCCAUGCCUGUUUCCUGGGUAUGGACCACUACCGCCCAGAGGUGUUUGAACACUGUAAGAGACUCCUCUUGCACCUUCUCAUCACGCUAUCUUGCAACAACAAUUUCAGCCUCAUUGCCUCUGUUCUGCUAAACACCAGAGAUGCCAACAGCAACAAGAGCCUGACUUUUAAACCCAUCUACCAGCCUGAGUUCUACACAGGUGGUGUGGACUUCCUCCGGAAUGGCCAGGCAUCUCCGGUUCCUGAUUCUGGCCUCAGUUCCUCUUCUACCUCGUCCAGCCUGAGCCUCGGAGGCAGCAGCUCCAAUCUUCCUCACCUGGCCCAGGAAGAGGUGGAGCAGAUGGAGAGCAGCACUGAAGAUGAUGAGAAGAGCAGCAAACUCAUUGAGUUUCUCACUAACAGGCCUUUUGGACCAUUGUGGAGCCAUGAAGACAUCACUCCUAAGAAUCAGCACUCAAAGAGCACAGAACAGCUCACCAACUUUCUGAGACAUGUAGUGUCUGUGUUCAAAGAGUCCAAAUCAGACAUUCGGCUUGAGCAGCAGUUGAGUGAAGUGGCGUUGCAGAUGGCUCUGUGCAGCUCCUCCAGACAUUACGCUGGACGUUCCUUCCAGGUGUUCAGAGCUCUGCGGCAGCCCCUGUCAGCGCUGGCCGUGUCCGACUUGCUUUCACGCUUGGUGGAAGUGGUCGGUGAGCACGGGGAGGAGGUUCAGGGGUAUGUGAUGGAGCUUCUCCUCACUCUUGAGUCAGUGGUGGACAAUCUAGCUGAGUGCCUGAAGAACAAUGACUUAUUUGUUAUAUUACGGGCAUCUUCGCCAGAUCUUCCAUCCAGCGGCAAGUUAACACUAAACCGUAAAAGCACCAGUCAGCUGGACCUGAUCCCAGGAUCAGGCACUGCUUCUGAGCGAACACGCCACCAGCGUAGCUACUCCGUACCCAAGCGCUUUGGCGAGCCUGAGCGUUCCUCCGAGGUUCCCCGGAGCGCCACCUUGGAUCGCAUCCACCAUCAUCAGAGCAGUAUCUCCAAGCUCAGAUCCCUGUCCUCAUCAUCUUCCAGAGACAACGUGGUCUCCACCGACCCAACCAACGCCAACCAUCCUCGCAACCUGCUGGCCACCAUCUUUUGGGCAGUGGUGUCACUCAUGGAGUCAGACUUUGAGUUUGAGUACCAGAUGUCCCUCAGGUUGUUAGGGAAGCUGCUAGGCCACAUUUCAUUGGAUAAGCAGGAAUACAGAGAAAAGCUGGAGAAGAUCCAGAUCCAGCUAAAAUGGAAGGAGUUCUCUGGGCUUCAGCAGCUGCUUCUGAAGGGCUUCACCUCUGCAAACACCACAGAACUCACCUUGGAGAUUUUCAGCCAGCUUACGCCCGUCUCACGCCUACCUGUGGUGGACACCUCACAAGCCAUUGGUUUCCCAUUGAACGUGCUCUGCCUCAUCCCCCAUCUUGUGUUACACUUUGACUCACCUACUCAAUUCUGCAAGGACGUGGCUGAGAGAAUUUCCCAGGUUUGCCUUGAGGAAAAAAACUCCAAGCUGUCCAACCUUGCCCAUGUGAUGACACUGUACAAAACACACUCCUAUACCCGUGACUGCUUCUCUUGGGUCAAUGUGGUGUGCCGCUACCUACAUGAAGCGUUCAGUGACAGCACACUCAGCAUGGUUACUUACAUGGCGGAGUUGUUGAAGAAAGGAUUACCCAGCAUGCAACAAACUCUUCUGCAAAUCAUCUAUAGUCUACUGAGUCACAUGGACCUGAGUGGUAUUCAAGCCAAACUCUUCAACAUGGAGGUUCUAACAACCAUAGAGAAGUUUGUUCAGACUGCACAUUGGAAGGAAGCCUUGAACAUAUUAAAGCUGGUGGUCUCCCGCUCAGCUAGUCUGGUUUCGCCUUCAUCCCCGCAGAGUAACACAUCCACUGUGGAUGUCAGGCGUGUUUGGGACACACCCUCCAAAGCCCUGCCUGGAAAGACCCUUGACUUUCACUUUGACAUUUCAGAGACACCGGUGAUUGGCCGGCGAUAUGACGAGCUUCACGGUUCUCCGAGGGAAGAUGGGAAGAAUGGAGGAGGAGUUACUGUGACUCGCAGUACCUCCUCUACAUCCUCGGGCUCCUACCAAAACAACCACGUGCUGGUGCCUGUCAGCUGGAAACGACCACAAUCUUCACAGAAAAGAACUCGUGAGAAGUUGGUGAAUGUAUUAACUUUGUGUGGCCAAGAAGUUGGACUCACCAAAAACCCAUCUGUGAUUUUCUCAUCCUGUGGGGAACUGGACCUGAUUGAGCACCAGCCCAGUCUGGUGUCAUCUGAGGACGGCACACGGGACACAGAAAACAUGGAUGACACCACUUCAGAACAGCAGUUCUGUGUAUUCAGAGACUUUGACUUCCUGGAUGUGGAACUGGAAGAUGGAGAGGGUGAGACAGUUGACAGCUUCAACUGGGGUGCGCGGAGGCGUUCCAUUGACAGUCUGGACCAGGCCGAAGCCCAACCAAUGGAGGAGGACCGCCAGCUCUCAGGAAGCUCUCCAAGCCUGUGUCCAAUCGUCCAUGAUGAUUCUGACGAGUCUUCUGAGGAAGAGUCCCUCACAGCCAGCCAGAUCCUCUCAGCCUCACAACUAAAUGUCAGCCUGUCUCCUACUGAGGAACUAAACCCCAUGGACUCCCCUCCCAUCUCCUUUGACAACACUCAAGCUGACCCAAUUCCUCUUUCCACCCCAACGCCCAGCUUUGAGAUCUCAGCACCCGAGGGCUCGAACCAUCGGGUGAAUAAGAGCUUCAAAAUGGCUGAUCUUUGGGGGCAGACACAUUCCUACUCAUACCGCACUUCUGUUCUGGAGUUUUUCCAUGCUGAGGAUUCAGCUGAAGAAGAAGAAGAAGAAGCCAUUGUUAAUGAGAACGAUAUCUCACUCUGCAUUUGUGAGUCGCCUCCUGCCUUUAGUUGUUCUGACAUCCUAACAGCAGACACACCCCAGAAGGAAAACAACUUCUUUACUGACAACGAGACAAGCUGUGUACCCAGUGGGUUUGGAGACCAGCAGAGCUCUGUGGCGCAGGCAGAAGAGGAAAAGGAAGAGCUGUUGCUAGAGUCCUGUUCCUCCCCUCCGCCUUCUCCCUUUUUCUCCGCCAUCCUGGCCGCCUUCCAGCCAACUGUGUGCGAUGAUGCUGAGGAGGCUUGGCGCAAUCAUCUCAACCAGUUGGUGGCUGACUCGGAUGGUUCCUGUGCGGUUUACACAUUCCAAGUCUUCUCCUCACUCUUUCAGAGUAUACAGACCAAGUUCUGCACCUUGACCUGUGACGCUGCUGGUUAUCUUGGCGAUGGCUUCCGUGGAAUCGGAGCAAAGUUUGUAAGGUCGUCCCAGAUGCUGACAUCCUGCUCCGAAUGUCCCACGUUGUUUGUCGAUGCAGACACUAUUGUGUCUUAUGGACUCUUGGAGAAGAUGAAAUUUAGUGUGUUAGAGCUGCAUGAGUAUCUAGAGACCUACAACAACAAAAAGGAGGCAGUCAAAUCAUGGCUACGCAACUGCAAGGCCAGUUUCCCCAAAUGCACUGGAGAUGGAGUGAUCACCUAUCAGCCCGCUGAAACAGAGGAGAAGCAACUGGAGCUUUGUCAAAGACUCUACAAACUCCACUUCCAACUGCUGCUGCUUUUUCAGUCUUACUGUAAACUGAUUGGCCAAGUUCACGCUAUAAACUCUGUACCAGAGCUGCAGAACAUGUCCAGGGAGUUGAGUGAGUUGAGGAGUAACCUGCGGGCAGCAGCAGCCUCAGUGGCCAAUGAGACAGCAGCCGAGCGGAGAGAUCCUACCGCUGAAUCCCCCUACAGCUCCUCUGAGGCUGCUGUGCAGGCCAUUCUAGAAAGCCUGAAAACCAACGAGUUCUCCAGAGCCAUCCGUUACAUACAGGAAUGCAGGAAAAUGUGGCCAAGUGACAUCUUCGGCAGCAGCUCUGAGAAUGAGAUUCAGACUCUACUCAACAUCUAUUUCCGGCACCAAACUCUGGGUCAGACGGGAACCUUUGCCCUGGUCGGUUCCAAACAAGACCUGUCUGAGAUAUGCAACCGACUCACUGAGCUCAACUGCGAGAUCCGAGACAUGAUUCGACGGGCGCAGGGCUACCGGGCCAUCACUGCCUUCCUUCCUGACUCUAGUGUGACCGGCAUCAGCCUUUGAGUCCAACUUUAAAGGGUUAGUUCACCCAAAAAUGAAAAUUAGGCUGCGUUUUACUCACCCCCGAGG